AUGGCGGAAUGUAAUUCCUCAGUUCAUUUGAUCGCUUUGUGCAUAUUCUUCUCACUUCUGAUCACCAUCUUCUCAUCAUCCACAGUUGAAGCAACCGGAGAGAGUAAGCUGAGCUGGAUUCCGACUAGAAGAGGACAAUGGGAAGGGUCCAUAGCGGAGUGCAUAGGCGAAGAAGAAUUGGACAUGGACUCUGAGAUACACCGGCGUAUUCUCCAGACGACACGGUACAUAAGCUACGCAGCGCUGCAGAGAGGAUCAGUGCCAUGUUCUCAUAGAGGUGCAACUUACUACAAUUGUCAACCAGGUGCAGAGGCUAACGCCUAUACUCGCGGUUGCAAUGCCAUUACUCGUUGCCGUCACAGAUAG